UACAUCAUUCUCUCUCUCUCUCUCUCUAGGUCCAGUCUUCUAUCUCUUUCGAGUGAUCAAUCCCCUUCCCUGAAGAUCUGAGAAACUCAAAUUCCCCCUCUCUCUCUCUCUCUCUCUCUCUCUCUCUCACAACUGUUCAACCCCAACUAACCUCACCUAUCUUUUCUUUCACAUGUAAAAUUAAUAGCUGCAGAAACCCUCGUCGUCUCCCUUCCUUGGCAUAUCAACACAUUCCAUAUUUGAACCAUAUCUACCUUUUUCAAAGUGAGGGCUCUAUCAUUUCUCCUCCUUGAACUCCCCCACCUCCCUUCCAUAAACCUUUCGGCCCUCCAUACCCUUCACUCCAGCUUCGGGUUUCCGAGAAACCCUGGGGGUUUGGAGCUGAAACUGUUGCUGUCGAGAAACAUGUGGAUGAUGGGUUACAAUGAUGACGGAGAUCUGUACAUGGCCGAUUCCUUCAACGGCAGGAAGCUUCGUCCCCUCAUGCCGAGGCCGGUCGCCAACCCUUCCCCAAAUAACUGUGGCGCCAACGCUGCCCCGCCUUGCUUGAGCCGUAUCCACGGCGCCGCCGACAUUUUUGCGCUGAACCACCAUCUGGCGACUAUGGCUGAGCAAAGCAAAAGAGAGUUCAAUUCACCGCAGGUCGUGGUGAGCUCGCGGUGGAACCCCACACCAGAGCAGCUGCGGACCCUGGAGGAGCUAUACCGGCACGGGACCCGGACCCCCAACGCCGACCAAAUCCAGCAAAUCACCGCGCAGCUCCGCCGGUAUGGCAAGAUCGAGGGAAAGAACGUCUUCUACUGGUUCCAGAACCACAAGGCCAGGGAGCGGCAGAAGCGCCGCCGCCAGAUGGAGGCAGCCCCGGAGGAGCCGAACCGCGACCCCGAAGAAUCAGAAAGGAAAGAAACAGCCGAGAGUAGGACAGUGCUUGAAGUUGAACAGACCAAGAACAACUGGGCACCACCUAUGAACUGCAGUACACUAGCAGAGGAAUCUGCAGGAGCUACGGCUCAAGGGGCGCCAAAAGCAGGACCGGCAGCGACUUUGGCAGAGCGUAGAACGAGAUCGUCGUCGUCGUCGCCAUCGUCUGACCAGUGGAUCAAAUUCGACGACGGGGAAUUUCAGUGGACGAGAAGUCUCAGCACAACCAGCAACUUUCUGGAGAGGAAUGCCACGUGGCAGAUGGUGCAGCUGCCUCCUUGUCCUCAUCCCACCCGCCUCAUAAAUACCACAGCCCCGUCAACGGUCGCGCUGCCUCCUCCAGCUGCUGCCCCGGCUCUCUACCGUGCCGCCGCUAGGGCAUCCAUGGACCCCAACAAGAUCGUCAGGGCUCAUGACCUCAGGGGCUUCUUCAUGUCCUCGCCGUUCCAAGACGACCCCGACCCGGCCAACGGCGGCGACCGAGAGGGCGAGGAGGACUCCCUAACCCUCCAGCUGUUCCCUCUCCGCAGCGGCGACGGCAACGACGUCAACGGGAAGAGCGCGAGCCCUCCGCCGCACCGGCGCCAGUUCUUCGAGUUCCUACCGUUGAAGAACUAGGGCAAGUUGCAUGGAUUCGCGGCUCUAAGAGCCUGUGCUCAGAUCAUGAUGAUGAUAUCAUGGCGUUUUGUGUUAGGGUUUGAUUUCGUUAGAAUUAUUAUUAUCAUGUACGGUAUGAUGAUGAUGAUCUUUGGAAGCAAACAGUGAUGUUGACCUUUUGAUGCUUUACACUUCAUGGGAGAUGCAAUGGAAUAUAGGAUGUCUUUG